CUCUAUCAUCCACCCAAGCAUUGAUGUCGAGUUCCAAGAUGAAAAAUGCUGAUGAGAUUGCAAUAACGGUAGAGUUCAGUGGAGGGCUAGAGAUGCUCUUCUCAAAUGAACGAAAACACUCGCUCUCGAUCCCCGCUAACGACCAGGGUGGAUCGCGCUCGAACAUUGCAUCCCUGGUGAGAUAUCUCUGUCAGAACACCAUGAAAGAUCCAAGAAAGGAUCUCUUUGUUCUUGAUGGAACAGUCCGACCAGGUAUACUAGUACUCAUCAAUGAUGCAGACUGGGAGCUUGAGGGAGAGGACAAGUAUGAGAUAAAAAGUGGUGACAACAUCUUGUUUGUCUCAACACUUCAUGGGGGUUAGUUGAAUGAACACGAGCUCCGUGGGCCUAUUGUCGGAGAGAAACUACUGUGGUUCUGUAAGAAAGAUUUCAGUAUGACAAUGUUUUUCUUGUCGAAGUUUGGUUGUUGAAGUAAUAUUGCUAAAAAC